CAGAAGACGAUGAGGUCAUUCAACCAGGUUUCAUCAGCCCCAGGAGGGGCAAGCAAAGGUGGUGGAGAAGAGCCCGGGAAGCUGCCAGAGCAGGCAGAGGAGGAAUCCCAGAUUUUGCACGGAACUGGCCACUGUAAGUGGUUCAAUGUGCGAAUGGGAUUUGGAUUCAUCUCCAUGAUAAAUCGAGAGGGAAGCCCCUUGGAUAUUCCAGUCGAUGUAUUUGUACACCAAAGCAAAUUAUUCAUGGAAGGAUUUAGAAGCCUAAAAGAAGGAGAACCAGUGGAAUUCACAUUUAAAAAAUCUUCCAAAGGCCUUGAAUCAAUACGGGUAACAGGACCUGGUGGGAGUCCCUGUUUAGGAAGCGAAAGAAGACCCAAAGGGAAGACACUACAAAAAAGAAAACCAAAGGGAGAUAGAUGCUACAACUGCGGUGGCCUUGAUCAUCAUGCUAAGGAAUGUAGUCUACCUCCUCAGCCAAAGAAGUGCCAUUACUGUCAAAGCAUCACGCACAUGGUGGCCAACUGCCCGCACAAGACUGUCGCGCAGCCGCCCGCCAGUUCUCAGGGAAGACCGGAAGCGGAGCUUCAGCCGUGCACGUCCGCGUUCCCGAGAGAGGCGGGGGCAGGGCGCGGUUGCCCGUCUCCGCCGCUGUUUCCUCAGGAGGCGAGGUCCGAGGGCUCAGAGUGGCAGGGCAGGUCGUCCCUAGAAGCUUCCUCGGCGAAGUCAGCCGCAGCGCCAGAAGAACAAAACAAAAAGGGGCCUUCCGUUCAAAAAAGGAAAAAGACAUAAUAACGCUUCGUAAUGUAUUGUCUUUCCCGAGUUGGGAAGUCUACCUCAUGCAAGUACAGGGGAACA